AUGCACGAGCAUCAGAAUGAAUUGAGAUAUGAUGCAAGAAAUUACAAAGGAGUGCCCUUGACUCAUAACAAAAAUCUGACUUGUAGGAUAGAUCGGCAACAUAACAGAUCCUCAGGUAGUUUUCCACAAAGGCGGAGUGUUUCUGUAAGAAAUAAUAUAUAUCAGUAUUUGAUGCAUGAUGAGACAUUUAUACAGAAUUUGUUAAAACUGAAAAAUAAUAUAAGCGAUGCUGGAAACAAGUAUAUAAAUUCUUUGAAAAAUAGAACUGGAUUAAGUUUGCAGGCACAUCUGGCUAAAAUGCAGAGAUUUCAAACUGAGGAGAAAAUUUAUGAAUGCAGUCAAGUUGAGAAGUCUGUCAGCCAUGGUUCCUCAGUUUCACCACUUCAAAGAAUUUCUCCUAGUGUCAAAAACAUUUGUGAUAAAUAUAGGGAAGUUCUUAAAUAUUGUUUGUUACCUACACAAUAUGGGAGAACACCCAGUAGAGAAAAAUCUUACAAAUGUAAUGAAUAUGGGAAGGCUUUUAGCAAAAUCUCAAACCUCAUGAAUCAUGAGAGAAUUCCUUCUGGACAGAGACCUUACAAAUGUAAUGAGUGUGGCAAAGCUUUUCAUCAGUGCUCAAACUUUAGUAGACAUCCGAGAGUCCAUACAGGAGAGAAACCAUAUAAAUGUGAUGUAGGUGGCAAGGUCUUUCAUCAAAAGUCAAACCUUGCCAGUCAUCAGAGAAUGGAUACUGGAGAGAAACUUUACAAAGGUAAUGAAUGCAGCAAAGCCUUUGCUGAACACUCAGGCCUUACUCGGCAUAAAAGAAUCCAUGCUGGAGAGAAACCUUAUGAAUGUAAUCAGUGUGAGAAAUCUUUUACCAGAUUUGCAAGCCUUAGAAGACAUCAGAAAAUCCAUAGUGGAGAGAAACCUUAUGAAUGUAAUCAGUGUGAGAAAUCUUUUACCGGAUUUGCAGGCCUUAGAAGACAUCAGAAAAUCCAUAGUGGAGAGAAACCUUACAAAUGUAAUGAGUGUGGCAAAGCCUUUAUGGAGGGUUCAUCUCUUACUCGACAUCAGAAAAUCCAUACUGGAGAGAAACCUUACCAGUGUAAUGAGUGUGGCAAGUUCUUUACUCAAAAGUCAAACCUUGCAAUUCAUCAGUUAAUUCACACUGGUGAGAAACGUUACAAAUGUAAUGAAUGUGGCAAAGCCUUUGCUGGGCAUUCAAGCCUUACGUGGCAUAAGAGAAUCCAUACUGGAGGAAAACCUUACAAAUGUAAUGAGUGUGGGAAAGGCUUUUCGGAAGGUUCGUAUCUUACUCGACAUAGCAAAAUCCACACUGGAGAGAAACCUUACAAAUGUAAUGAGUGUGGCAAAGCCUUUACACAGGGUUCGUAUCUUACUCGACAUAGGAAAAUCCAUACUGGAGAGAAACCUUACAAAUGUAAUGAAUGUGGCAGAGGCUUUAUUCAUAAGUCAAACCUUGCAGUUCAUCAGAGAAUUCAUACGGGUGAGAAACCUUACAAAUGUAAUAAAUGUGGAAAAUCUUUUACUCGAUUUGCACGUGUUACAGAACAUCAGAAAAUCCAUACUCGAGAGAAGCCUUACAGAUGUAAUGAAUGUGGCAGAGCUUUUGCUCAGUGUUCAAGCUUUACUAGGCAUCAGAAAAUACAUACUGAAAAGAAACAUUAUAAUCCUAAUAUAUGUGGCAGUGCUUUUAUUCAAAGCUCAAGCUUUGGGGAUCAUUAUAGAAUAUAUACGAGAAAGAAACCUUACAAAUACAAGGAUGGACAGUUGGCCUUCAGAGAUGUGGCCAUAGAAUUCUCUCGGGAGGAGUGGGAAUGCCUGAACCCUGCUCAGAGGGCGUUGUACAGUGAUGUGAUGUUGGAGAACUACAGGAACCUGCUCUCCCUGGGAAGCCUUUCUGCUGGAUUUGGAAUAAAGGAAUUAUCACCAAGAGAGGACAUUGAUAAAGGAGAAUUAUACCAUCUAGAGAUAUUGGAAAGAAAUGAAAGCCAUGGCAUCAAGGAUUUUGACCUCAGGGAAAUCUUGGAAAAUAUGCAUGAGCAUGAGAAUGAAUGGGGAUAUGAUCAUACUGGUGAGAAACCUUACAAAUGCGAUGAAUGUGGCAAAGCCUUUGCUGAGCGUUCCAGCCUUACGCAGCAUAAGAGAAUCCAUACUGGAGAGAAACCUUACGUGUGUAUUGAGUGUGGCAAAGCUUUUAAGCAGUGUUCACACCUCACUAGACAUCAGAAUAUACAUCCUGGAGAGAAACCACACAAAUGUAAUGUGUGCGGCAAGGCUUUUAUCCAAAAUUCAAGCCUUAUGGAACAUCAGAGAAUUCAUACGGGAGAAAAACGUUACAAAUGUAAUAAAUGUGAUAAGGCUUUUAUCAAACAUUCACACCUUUGGUGUCAUGAGAGAACUCAUACUGGAGAGAAACCUUACAAAUGUAAUGAGUGUGGCAAAGCCUUUACAGCACGUUCCAAUCUUACUCAACACCAGAAAAUCCAUACUGGAGAGAAACCUUACAAAUGUAGUGAGUGUGGCAAAGCCUUUAAUCAGUGCUCAAACCUUACUAGACAUCAGAGAGUCCAUACAGGAGAGAAACCAUAUAAAUGUAAUGUAUGUGGCAAGGUCUGUAGUCAAAAUUCAAACCUUGCAAGUCAUCAGAGAAGGCAUACUGGAGAGAAACUUUACAAAUGUCAUGAGUGCGGCAAAGCCUUUAUGGAGCAUUCAAAUCUUACUCAACAUAAGAAAGUCCAUACUGGAGAGAAACCUUACAAGUGUAACGAGUGUGGCAAGGCCUUUACAGAUAAUUCAAAUCUUACUCAACAUAAGAAAAUCCAUACUGGAGAGAAACCUUACAAAUGUAAUGAGUGUGGCAAAGCUUUUAUCCAAUUUGCAAAACUUACAAGCCAUGAGAAAAUACAUACUAAAAAGAAACAUUAUAAAUCUAAUAUAUGUGGCUAUGCUUUUAUUCAAAGCUCAAGCUUUGGGGAUCACAGAAUUUAUAGUAGAAAGAAACCUUACAAAUACAAUGAUUGACACAAAACUUACGCAAGUUCAAGCCUUACUCAACAUCAGAGACUCCAUCAUGGAGAGGAACCAUGUAAAAGUAAUGGGCGUGUCAAAGCCAGUAACCAGGGCUCAUACCUCACUUGAUAUCAGAAUAUACAUCUUUGAGAGAAACCACACAACUGUAAUAUAUGACAAGACUUAUCCAAAGUUUAAGCCUUGUGGAACAUAGCAGAAUUCUU